UAGUUGACCUCGUGUGGUAGACUAUAUCACCACCUCCACUGUACACUGUACAGACUACAGUAAGAUGCCGUCCGUUGUAGAGUACACGGCCGUGGGAGGCGAGAGCGAGCAGCUCCUAGACCGCUACUUCCUCACAGUGUUCAGACACGGCUAUCUACGAUGCCAGGGGACCGUCCUCCCUGUCUACUACCGACAAUUCGCACAGGACAUCCUCAACCUUGAGAUACGCGAACAGGACGUUUGGGUCUGCAGCUUCCCCAAGACUGGAACAACAUGGACUCAAGAAAUGGUAUGGUGCAUAGCAAAUGACCUAGAUUUUGAAGGAGCUAAAGUCAAGUUACCUGAAAGGUUCCCAUUUCUUGAACACACAAUCCUGUUCAACUAUGAGAAGCUGCUGUUACAAUACCCAGACUUUGAGGUGCCGAGGUUUGUGAGGGAUGCUACAGGCUACAUCUCGGAUCUGCCCAGUCCAAGGUUUGUCAAGUCUCAUAUGCCCUUCAACCUGCUGCCUCUUCAGCUUCAGAGACGCCAAAAUAAUGCCAAGAUAAUAUACAUCGCUCGCAAUGUGAAAGACACUUGUCUAUCAUACUACCACCACUGUCGUCUGUUGGAAGGGUACAAGGGGAGUUUUGAUGAGUUCGCUACACUCUUCAUCAACGACUCCUUAUGCUUUGCUCCGUUUUGGAAAAAUGUGCUGAGCUACUGGGAAAGAAGAAAUGAUCCAAAUGUAUUGUUUUUAAAAUUUGAAGAACUCAAAAAGGACCUCCCAUCAGUGGUACAAAGAACAUCGGAAUUUCUUGGGAAAAAUCUGACGGAUAAGCAAGUAGAUGAGCUUUGUGAACAUCUCAGUUUCAAGAACAUGAAGAAUAAUCGGGCAGUUAACUACGAAGAAGUGAUUGAGAUCAACAAGAAGUACAAACUGGUAGAAGCAGAGGGCAGCUUCAUGAGGAGCGGACAGGUAGGAGAGUGGAAGAUAUUGAUGAGCCCUGAAUGGAUCAAACGCUUUGAUGAUUGGACAGAAGAAAACCUCAGGGGAACUGGACUAACAUUAUAAUCUCAAAGAUGGCAUAUUUUGAAGAUGAGAGCUUAUGUUACCAGCACCAUGACAGAUGUAGUUUGUAGAUGCACUGGCACUGCUUUAGGCACCAUAGUGUUGUGUAAAACCAACACUUGUCCAACCGCAAUUUCACUACAUUAAAGCUAUAUCAAAGUUUUUUAUUUUAGAACUGUUAUAGAGAAAGCUAUUGAAUUUAAUCUAAAUCGGAUGAAGUUUUCACCUAGAACGAGGAAAGAAAUGUGUACCAGAAAGGUCCAAUUAGAUAAUAUCCAAUUAGGGAACACAAAUAGUUUUAUGUUUUGUAAUUACAAUUCAGUUUUACUUAAUUGAUAAAAGAUUUAUCACCAAUUAUAAUGUUUACAAUAUCGUGUGAAGCUAAGUACAUUUUGAGUAAUUAUGAUGAGCAAAUAUUGAAUAUUACUGUUGAAAUACAAAUGUGAUGUGGAAAGCGAAAAGGAACCUCUUGUCGGCGAUGCAAAAUUUUCAGUACGGCCGAUUUAAAUAAUUAAGGUCGAAAAUAUCAAAAUUCGGGUUGUUAUUGAUUGUUAUACCUCAUUUAUCAUAGAACAGGACAGUAUCAGUUAAAAUAUCGAAUUGAAGACUUAAAAGGUUGAAAUAAAACAUUUUGUUAGCCUCUGCACGGUCUGAGAAAAAGUACCUCUUGUCGCUCAAUGUUAUUAAUGUUAUUUCGCUCAGUGUUAUUUAUUACUUGUGCUCAAAGAGGUCCCAUUUCUAAUAUUCACUUUAUAAACAUAUUUUAGUCUAAAAAAAUAAAUUGUCCUGCAAUCUAGAGGAAAUUUAGUGAACUACAACAAAGUUCAGUGUGCGGAGAACAAAAUAUCCCACAAAUUUUGCGGUCCCGACAAGAGGUACCUUUUCUGAAAUGCGAUUUUUACGACAUGCUUCUAUAUUAAACAAUUAUUUAAAUGAAAAAUAUCAAGAGUUAAGACAAAAAUUGGUUUUGCCUCCAAGAGGACAUUAUAAGCUUUCUUUCGAUACCAAAAUCUCUUCUUGAAUACGAAAAAAACUGUUUUAAUGCGUACUUGAAAUUUUCAAAAGUGUUUUUCUCAAAAUGACCCUUUUCUAUAACAAAAUUUCAAAGUCCUAUAGCUUAAACACGAAAAAUCACAGAUGCAUGGGACUUGCACCAAGUGAUUCAGAAUUUAAUAAGGAAUUCAAAUACGUAUAUAAUUUAAAAUCGAAAAUUCCCAACAAGAGGUCCCUAUUCGCUGUCCACAACACAAAUAUUGAAUAUAUUAACUAAGUAGUUUAGAAAUCUUUAUUAAGGUUGUCAUUUAGUCUGUUGAAAAAAUAAUUGGAAAGCAAAUAUUUUCAGUUACAAAUACGCUUGACUUACAGGUAAAAGAAAAUAAUAUUUUACCAUUUUGAAUAAAAACGUUUAUUUACAACAAAAAUGUAAUGUGUUUUAGUAGCCUAUUUA